CGCCAACUCGGGACAAACUCUAGGGAGAAGAACACACACAUACACACACACACACGCACGCAGGGGUAGUUACGAUGGCAUCUGAGUAUGUAGUGAGUGGUAAUAAUUCAGAGUUUGAGCUCAGGAGAAAAUUAAAAUACUUCUUUAUGAGUCCGUGUGAGAAAUAUCGCACUCGAGGACGCAAACCAUGGAAACUCACAUUACAGCUCAUCAAGAUCACAAUUAUCACUGUCCAGUUUGUAUGGUUUGGACUCAGUAAUGAAAUGAGCGUUAUCUUCAGAGAGGAAAACUUCACUUCCUUUAAACAUCUUUUCCUGAAAAAUUACCAGGAGCGAAAAGGUGUUUAUGCAGUUUACACACAGCAGGAAGUGCAUGAACACAUCAAUUACAUCAUCAUGAGGUACCUGACCCUGUGGAGUGUGACCGUGGGGAAUCACAUGUUUCAGAGGGCCAAUGGCACUGACACGCCCCUCACUAUCUGCCAGCGAUUUUACACACAUGAAAAAAUCUCAUCUGAAAAUGAGACCUUUAACAUCAAUCCAAAUGUGCAGAAAGAGUGUGUUUACAUUUAUUCCACAAAGCCAUUCAACAUCACAGACUUUGGUCUGGAUUUUAAAAGACUUUUAUCUCUGGAUGUCCACAUGAAGAUUAAGGCCAUUAAUCUGCAGACUGUUCGCCACGAUGAAUUACCCGACUGCUACAAAUUCAGUGUCACGGUGGUGUUUGAUAACAAUGCUCACAGCGGCCGGAUUAAAGUGUCUCUGCACAGCGGCGUUCACAUCAACGUAUGUGCACAUGCAGAUGUCUCCGGAUCCAAUGCAGCGAGUCACUUCCUGUUGAUGGUGCUGUUUGAUUUGCUGGUCAUUGUCGUGUGUUUGCUCUCUAUGGCACUCUGCAUACGCUCAGUAAACGCCGGCAUGCGCCUCUUCACUGAGUAUGCUGCAUUCAUUUGUGUUAAACGUGGGAAGUCAUUAUCAUCGGUGGAGAGAAUGGAGUUCAUUAAUGGCUGGAACAUUUUAAUCAUCAUCAGUGACAUACUCACAGUUACUGCAUCAUCACUGAAGAUCUGCAUACUGAGCAAGGAGCUGUCUAAUUACACAGUAUGCAGUAUUCUGCUGGGGACGGCAACUUUGCUGGUGUGGAUUGGAGUUCUACGUUACCUUGGAUUCUUCCAGAAAUAUAAUAUCCUGAUCCUCACCAUGAGGGCAGCAUUACCCAGUGCUCUGCGCUUCUCCCUCUGUGCAGUGAUGAUUUAUCUCAGCUACUGUUUCUGUGGAUGGAUUGUUCUCGGCCCUCACCAUGAAAACUUCCGGUCCUUCCACACAGUGGCAUACUGUUUAUUGUCCAUGAUUAAUGGAGAUGAGAUCUACUCCACCUUCACCAAGCUGAGGGAGAGAAACACUCUGGUGUGGUUCUUCAGCAGGUUCUACAUCUACAGUUUCGUCUCCAUCUUCACCUACAUGGUGCUCAGCCUCUUCAUUGCCAUCAUCACCGACACCUACGAACUGGUCAAGAAGCAGGAUGGAGAGGGGUUCUCUGAUCUGCAGAAGUUUAUGGCUGGGUACAGAGACACUCCAGUGCCAGGGACAGACACACACACUCACGCUGAAUAAUUUGAAUGAAAUGAGUGACAUUACUGCAGUGUGCUUCAGUGCAGGAGGAGAUGGAGUAAACAUGCCUGUGAAGAUUCUCAGUCAUCCAGGUCAUAGUAAACUGUGGGUGGUAAAAGAGAGCAA